AUGGAUGACCUAUCGAAUUUUUCUGUCGAGAAAAUUGUGAGAUGGGGCGAGAAGAUUGUCCCAGAAAUAGGAACAAUAUUCAAAGCUCCUAUCAAGGCUCAAGCUCCUAUCAAGGCUCAAGCUCCUAUCCAGGCUCAAGCUCCUAUCAAGGCUCAAGCCCCCAUCCAGGCUCAAGCUACUAUCAAGGCUCAAGCUCCUAUCCAGGCUCAAGCUCCUAUCAAGGCUCAAGCUCAUAUCCAGGCUCAAGCUCCUAUCAAGGCUCAAGCUCCUAUCCAGGCUCAAGCUCCUAUCAAGGCUCAAGCUCCUAUCCAGGCUCAAGCUCCUAUCAAAGCUCAAGCUCCUAUCCAGACUCAAGCUCCUAUCCAGACUCAAGCUCCUAUCCAGGCUAAAGCUCCUAUCAAGGCUCAAGCUCCUAUCAAGGCUCAAGCUCCUAUCAAGGCUCAAGCUCCUAUCCAGGAUCAAGCUCCUAUCCAGGCUCAAGCUCCUAUCCAGGUUCAAGCUCCUAUCAAGGCUCAAGCUCCUAUCCAGGCUCAAGCUCCUAUCAAGCUCAAGCUCCUAUCAAGGCUCAAGCUCCUAUCCAGACUCAAGCUCCUAUCCAGACUCAAGCUCCUAUCCAGGCUCAAGCUCCUAUCAACCUCAAGUUCCUAUCAAGGCUCAAGCUCCUAUCCAGGCUCAAGCUCCUAUCCAGGCUCAAGCUCCUAUCCAGCUCAAGCUCCUAUCCAGGCUCAAGCUCCUGUCCAGGCUCAAGCUCCUAUCAAGCUCAAGCUCCUAUCAAGCUCAAGCUCCUAUCAAGCUCAAACUCCUAUCCAGGCUCAAUCUCCUAUCCAGGCUCAAGCUCCUAUCCAGGGUCAAGCUCCUAUCCAUACUCAAGCUCCUAUCCAGGCUCAAGCUCCUAUCAAGGCUCAAGCCCCCAUCCAGGCUCAAGCUACUAUCAAGGCUCAAGCUCCUAUCCAGGCUCAAGCUCCUAUCCAGGCUCAAGCUCCUAUCCAGGCUCAAGCUCCUAUCCAGGCUCAAGCUCCUAUCCAGGCUCAAGCUCCUAUCCAGGCUCAAGCUCCUAUCCAGGCUCAAGCUCCUAUCCAGGCUCAAGUUCCUAUCAAGGUUCAAGCUCCUAUCAAGGCUUAA